AUGAAUGAUCUAUACUAUUAGUUAAAAGAAGUAAUAUAACUAUUAUUAAUUACUUUAGACAGCUCAAUAGAAUGGUAUAACUAUAGAAUUGAUACCUUCCAAUAGAUAAUCAAUAGCUGAAAUGAUGCCUGAUUUUUAAAAGAAAAGUUCAAUGAUUAGAAUGAAAUUACAAUUAAUAAGAAAUAACAAUGAAGAAAUUAGUAGAUUAACUGAAGUUAUUUAAACAGCAGCAUCUACUUAAAAAGAGAAAGGUUAUAUUUUAUUAAUAUCUCUAUAUAGAAUCAAUGAAGAAAGUUGAAUAAUUACAAAUAUAAAUAAAUAAGAAUACAACCGAAAUUAAAAAGUUAUUUGAAGAAAUAGAUAAAUUAGUUAAAGAAGGUGAUCCUGAUGAACCAGAAACAAGAGCUAUGAUUUAUAAUUAAAAGGCAAUAUAAUAGGAAGUGGCAUCUAUAUUAUAAUCUGGUUAGAAUACAAUAUUUAAUUAUAACAAAACUAUUUAAAAGAAAAUGAAAAGAUAAGUAUUGCAAUUCAUAUUUAAUAGUUAGAAAUAUUAGAACCUAAUUUAUCAGAAAAAUAGAAAACAGAUAUCAUUUCAGAUCCUUAAGGAUUAGAAAAGAUGGUAUUAAAGGAGACUUUAGGUUAACCAUCUUUAUAAUUAGUUUAUAGAGUUUAAGAUAUUUAAGAUAAAUUUUAAGAUAUUUAAAAGUUAGAGAAGGUAUUAUAUAUAAAUAAUGAAUAUUAAGAGUACUUAGUAUUGUUUUCAAAUGUUAUCAGAGAUAGCAUUUUUAGUAAAUUAAUAAGGAGAAUAAAUAGAGAGCAUAGGUAUUAAAUUAUAAUAGAGAGUAGAAUAAAAUUUGAAUAAAGCCAAGAAUUACAUUGAAAAAGGAGAGAAAAUAUUAGCUAAGGAAUAAGAGAUCCAUAAGAAAAGUCGUAAAGUAAAAGAUGACUUUUAUAUAUUUAGAAAAUGUGUUGUAUUAUUUUAAUUGGAUUAAUUGCAAUAGGAGUGAUAACUACUCCAAUAAUUUUGAAAUUUGUUAAAAGUAGCGGUUGA